CUGUUCUUUUUCAGCCAAUUAGUUCUGCGACCGGUGCAAUCAGUAUGGACAGUCCUCGAUCGUGAGCCGUUGUCGAAGCCGAAAAUUCGACCGACGUGGGCUGACUGCCCGAAGCCAUUGAAGGUUUCUCACCUCAAUCCAUUUGAAAACCAUACGAAAAAUGGGUACUCAACAUUGUUUCCAAGUGUUACUAUGGGACGCAAUGGAUGUUUGUCUUCCGAGAGCAUGCAAAAAGUGUCGCUGACCGAUGACUCGACGACCUCUACGUUUUCACUUCCGGACGAUUCUGCCGCGAUUAACGACGUGGACUGCGUGCUCACUCCACGGAACACUCCUCGACAAGCCAGCUUCAUGGCAGCGAUGACCCGACAGGAAAUUCGUGAACAGGACGACGGUACGUGA